UGAGGGAAACGCUGCACCAUGCCUGUGGGACACAGCUCGGCCGGACAGGUGUUACCUGCACCUGCAUCUGAAAUGGAACCAUCAGUUGAUGACGUAAUCAUAACUGAAUCCAUGAUAAAGGAAGAGGAAAAGCUGGAAAAGGCAGCUGAGGUAGAGGAGAGGAAGAUGAUUGAAAAGGCUCGUAUGUCUUGGGAAAGGGAUUCUAACGAGAUGCGCUAUAAAAGACUUCAACACUUACUUGAAAAAAGCAACAUUUACUCCAAGUUUCUUUUGACUAAAAUGGAACAGCAACAACUUGAGGAGAUGAGGCGGAAGGAAAAACUUGAAAAAAAGCAGAAACGGACUGAAUCGCUGAAGACACAAAACCAAAGUUCUGCAAAUGAAGAUAACACAGGUGGUAGAAAGAAAAGGCAAAGAGAGGAAAACUACCAUAUCUCAGAUGUUAUGUCCAAGGAGGAAAUUUUGUCUGUGUCAAAGAAGAGCAAGCUCGAACAUGAGGAUACAAACUACUCCAGCAAACUAACAAGUGAAGAAAUUGAAAAAAACGGUGAUUCCAACAGCACUAUAAAAGACAGACUGUCACAGACUGUAAGGAAUAAUACAAAACAGUUACUUGAUCCAGAAAGGAAAGUCAAUGGGCAGCCAGUGCCUUUUCAACAGCCAAAGUAUUUUACCGGUGGAGUAAUGCGAUGGUACCAGAUCGAAGGAAUGGAGUGGCUCAGAAUGCUAUGGGAGAAUGGAAUCAAUGGCAUAUUGGCUGAUGAGAUGGGCCUAGGAAAAACAGUUCAGUGCAUUGCUACUAUAUCCAUGAUGGUUGAAAGAGGAGUUCCAGGACCAUUCUUUGUUUGUGGACCUUUGUCUACCCUUCCUAAUUGGGUGUCUGAAUUUAAAAGGUUUUCUCCCGAGGUUCCAGUUCUUCUUUACCAUGGAAAUGCCCAGGAGAGGCGUCGGCUAGCAAGGAAAAUUAACAAACGGGAGGGAUCUUUGCAGAUUUAUCCAGUGGUAAUAACCUCAUUUGAGAUAGCCAUGAGGGAUCGUCAGAUUCUACAGCAUAGUCCCUGGAAAUAUAUGAUUUUGGAUGAGGGGCACAGAAUUAAAAAUAUGAACUGCCGUCUCAUACAAGAGCUGAAACAGUUUCGUUCAGAUAACAAGCUGCUGCUCACUGGCACACCUCUACAGAAUAAUUUAGCAGAACUCUGGUCUCUCCUAAACUUUCUACUACCAGACGUGUUUGAUGAUUUAAGAAGCUUUGAAUCCUGGUUUGAUAUAACUGGAAUUUCUCAAAAUGCUGAAGAUAUUGUAGCCAAUGAACGUGAGCAGAAUAUCUUGCAUAUGUUGCAUCAGAUUUUGACACCAUUCCUACUGAGACGACUAAAAUGUGAUGUCACACUGGAAGUUCCACCCAAGCGGGAAGUUGUUGUGUAUGCACCACUGACAAAAAAACAAGAAACUUUCUACACUGCUAUAGUAAAUAAAACCAUUGAAAAAAUGCUUGGACAGGAAAAGGAACAUGUAAAAAUUAUUUCAUCGCCUGCUGUCGGAAGAGCGAAAAGGCGGAGCCGCAAAGCUGUCAAUUAUUCUGAACUAGAUAAAGAUACUCCAAAUGAUCUUGAGAAACUAAUUAACCAACUUCUUAAACAGCAAGAAGUGGAAAAAGAAAGGCCAUCAGCAAAAGCGGACCUUCCAUUAGAUUCAGAAGUAAAUCUUAAAAUGCGGAACAUUAUGAUGCUUUUAAGGAAAUGCUGUAAUCAUCCAUAUCUCAUUGAAUACCCUCUAGACCCGUUAACUCAGGAUUUUAAGAUUGAUGAAGAACUGGUAAAUAGUUCAGGAAAAUUCCUUCUACUGGAUCGACUGCUGCCUGAAAUGAAAAAGAGAGGUCAUAAGGUCUUGAUAUUUUCCCAGAUGACUAUGAUGUUGGACAUAUUAAUGGACUACUGCUACUACAAAAAAUUCAACUUCUGCAGGCUAGAUGGAUCCAUGUCAUAUUCAGAUAGAGAGGAAAAUAUGCGAAAAUUUAACACAGAGCCUGAUGUUUUCAUCUUCCUUGUCAGCACACGCGCUGGUGGGCUGGGAAUCAAUCUUACAGCAGCUGAUACAGUCAUCAUUUAUGAUAGCGAUUGGAAUCCCCAGGCUGACCUACAAGCUCAGGACAGAUGUCACAGGAUUGGUCAGACAAGACCAGUUGUAGUUUAUCGAUUGGUCACUGCAAACACAAUUGACCAAAAAAUAGUGGAGCGAGCGGCAGCUAAAAGAAAACUGGAGAAGUUGGUCAUACAUAAAAAUAAAUUCAAGGGGGGUCAAACUGGCAUAAAUCAGUCAAAGAGCUGUCUAGACCCAAAGGAACUGCUGGAGUUGCUACAGUCUCGUGAUUAUGAAAGAGAAGUCAAAGGGUCAAGUGAAAAGGUGAUUAGUGAUAAAGAUCUGGAGCUGCUGUUAGACAGAAGUGAUCUUGUUGCACAAAUGAAAAACAAUGUUUCUCUACAAAAAUCAAAACAAGGCGUGUUCAAAGUUGUCGACAACACAGAAGUCACCGAGUCGUAAAAAUCUGUAGUCCCUGACUAAACAUAACUGGGGAGCAACUAGAAACAGUUAGUUAGAACUCUGGAAAGCCCCCCUACGUUUAAUAUGUGCAAAUGGCUUUGACACUGUAAAUUGUUCUGCCUGAUGACUUAAACACCUUUUCCUGCUUACGUUACUGCACUUUGUACUUGAAUUUAAAUGACAUGAGCAUCUUCCUGUGGAAAGUUUGCAACGUGUUUCAUGGUUUUUUGUUUCUUCUUGUAUUGUUUUGUUUUUAACAUCUCGUUGUUAGGAACUUGUCUAUACAUAAAUAAAAGGUGAUUAAUACA